AUGGAACUUGAAAUAAGAAAAACAAAGUAUACUUUCAAGAGUUUAAAGGUAGAGGAAUUGAGAAAGCUAGGAAGCCUAGGAUCCAUGAUUGUUAACCAAGAUAAGUUCUGUAACAAGUAUGGAAGGUUGUUGAAUCUCCUCGAAACAAAUAUGAAGGAAGGGAUUCUCUCUACAUUGAUCCAAUUCUAUGAUCCCUUAUAUCAUUGUUUCAUCUUCCCUGAUUAUCAGCUAUUGCCAACCUUGGAAGAAUAUUCAAGCAUCAUAGGGUUGCCCAUAACUGGAAGGAUUCCCUUUACUGGUCUGGAAGGAGAUCCCAAGUCUCAUGACAUUGCAAAGUUCACCCACUUAAGGAAGGAUGAUAUUGAAAAGAAUAUGGAUACCAAGGGAGGAUUACCUGGACUACCUACUCAAUUCUUGAUGAAGAAAGCUCUCUCCUUUUCCAAGGCAGGAAAAGUGGAGGACUUUGAAGCUGUAUUUGCCCUUCUUGUUUAUGGAUUGUUCUUGUUCCCAAAUAUUGACAAAUUUGUUGAUAUGAAUGCAAUUAAGAUCUUCAUGAAAGGAAACCCUAUUCCCACCUUGCUAGGGGACGCUUACUACUCCAUCCAUUUGAGGAAUUCCUAUGGAAAAGGAAUGAUUACUUGUUGUACUCCUUUGUUAUACAAGUGGUACAUUUCUCAUUUGCCAAAUACCAAUGAUCUUUGGGAUAUCAAAGAAGGUCACAAAAGAUUAUGA